AUGUGUCACAGAUCGUCCUUGCUGAUUCUCUACUUUUUUGCUGCUUCAAUUUGCAUUUCCAAAUGCGACGAUUGCGUUAAUCACUACUGCCCACCUGGAACAUUCUGCGAUGAAAGGAUAGGGCCAUGUAAAACUCCACCUUGUCGACCGAUUCUCAUGUGUCUUCCAGAUAAAUACAACGGUUGCGCUCGACAUUCCUGCCCGAGCGGUGAGAUAUGCGUCGAAAGAGUCCAGGCGUGCAUCAGCAAAUCAUGCAAGAAGAUCCCUUCAUGUGCAAAACCUGGAAGUUAG